CACUCUCGAUCCCAGGGUCGUGAGUUCAAGCCCCAUGUUGGGCAUGGAGCCCAUUUAAAAUAAUAUUUUUAUCCUCAGGGAGCAGGCUGAGCUUUAUAGAGCCAAAAUAAUGUCUCUAAGCCACGUUUAACAAUGAGCAAAAACCCCUUCUCCCCACUGACUCUGAUGCGUCACUAGCCUUGCCUGCGUGCCGCGUGGCCCACCUGCUGGUAGACACUGCGGACCCUGUGCUACUACUACGUUUCCCAGAAGAUCCUGCGUUGGGCGGCCGCAGUCAGGAGCCAAUGAGGGGCCAUUUCCGUGCGUGCGCGUCGUCUCGGGGCGGGACUUCCGGGGCCGUCAUCCUGGUCCUUUUGGCACGUUCUUUCACACAAAUUCCGGAGCUCCGGGUUCGGACUGUGGAUGACUGACCGAGAAAGGGCGGGAGGAGGCGCCGUACGCGGCGCGCCGACCGGGAUUCACGGCUCGGCGACGCCGCCCGUGCUGCCCCGCGCCGGGGCCGGGACAGGCACCGCCCGCCCGGGUGUCCGUUCCGCCCACAGAGUUCGAUGGCGGCGGCCGCGCGCAGGGACCCGGCUGAGGGUGGUGUGACCUUUGAGGAUGUCGCCGUGUACUUCUCCCAGGAGGAGUGGAAGCUCCUUGAUGAGGCUCAGAAACGCUUGUACCACGAUGUGAUGCUGGAGACCUUUGCACUUACAUCCUCACUGGGUUGCUGCUCUGGGGCAGAAGAUGCGGAGGCACCCCUUGAACAGAGCAUUUCUGUAGGUGUGUCACAGGCCAGUGUGCCCAAGGCAGCUCUGUCUUCCCAGAAGACCCAUCCCUGUGAGAUGUGUGGUCCGGUCUUGAGAGACGUUUUCCACUUGGCUGAGCACCAGGAGAAGCCAAGUAGCCAGAAACUAUUCAAGUAUGGGGCAUGUGUGAAACAAAUCUAUUGCAGUGCAAACCUUCAAGAGCAUGAGAAGCAGCACAUGAGAGAAAAAUCCUUCAGAAGCAGUGUGGACAGGGCCUCAUUUGUGAAGAGCAGCAAUUUCCAUGAUUCAGAAAAGCCCUUUACCUAUAAGGAGGUUGAGAAGGACUUCCUGACCACCUCAGAACAUCUCCAACAACAGGCAGCUCAUACUGGAGAGAACAGAAUCACCAAGUGUGGGAUGACUUUUCAAAGCAAAGAAAGUCAUUACACCUGGGAAGAAUGCGGUAAAGCCUUUGGUCCCAAACACACACUUGUUCAAGACCAGGGUAUCCACACUGGAAGACAGUGUUUUGUGUGUCCUGAAUGUGGGAAAACAUUCAGGUACAGAUCUUCACUUGCUAUUCACCAGAGAAUCCACACUGGUGACAAGCUUCAUGUGUGUAGUGACUGUGGUAAAUCAUUUACGGGAAGCUCAACCCUCAGUCAACAUCGAAGAAUUCAUACUGGACCAAGGCAGUACAAGUGCAGCAAAUGUGGGAAAUCUUUUAGCCAAAAAUUUGUCCUCCCUUAUCCUCAGAGAAGUCACACUGGAGAAAAUUGUUACGUGUGUCGUGGCUGCGCUCAAUCUGUUAGUCAGAGCUCCAUCAUUAUUCGACAACGUACAAUUCACACUGGAGAAAUGAGUUAUGAGUGCACUGAAUGUGAGAAAUCGUUUCGACGAAAAUCCGAUCUCAUUGAACACUGGAGAGUACACACAGGAGAAAGGCCUUAUGAAUGUAGUGAAUGUGGGAAAUCUUUUACUUCUAGCUCUGCCCUCCGUUAUCAUCAGAGAAUUCAUACUGGAGAAAAACCUUAUAAAUGUAGUGAAUGCGGAAAGUCUUUUACCUCUAGCUCUGGCCUCCGUUACCAUCAGAGAAUUCACACAGGAGAAAGGCCAUAUGAGUGUAAUGAUUGUGGGAAAUCUUUUACCCAAAUAAAUCACCUCAUUAUACACCGAAGAGUUCACACAGGAGAAAGGCCUUACGAAUGCAGUGAAUGUGGGAAAUCAUUUAGCCACAAAUCUUACCUCUCUCAACACCAGAGAGUUCACACGGGAGAAAGGCCUUAUGAAUGUAGUGAAUGUGGAAAAUCCUUUACCUCUGGCUCUGCCCUCUGUUAUCAUCAGAGAGUUCACACUGGAGAAAAACCUUAUGAGUGUAGUGAAUGUGGGAAAUCUUUUACCAAUGGACCGAUACUUAUUCGACACCGUAGAGUUCACACGGGAGAAAGGCCUUACGAGUGCAAUGAAUGUGGGAAAUCCUUUACCCAAAGAAAUCACCUCAAUAUACACCAGAGAGUUCACACAGGAGAAAGGCCUUACGAGUGCAAGGAAUGUGGAAAAUCCUUUACCUCUGGCUCUGCCCUCCGUUAUCAUCAAAAAGUUCACAUCGGAGAAAGGCCUUACGAGUGCAAAGAAUGUGAGAAGUCUUUUACCUCUGCCUCUGCUCUCCGUUGUCAUCAGAGAGUUCACACAGGAGAAAGGCCUUUUGACUGCAGCGAAUGUGGGAAAUCUUUUAGGGAUAGUUCCCAAUUGAAUCAACACCAGAGAGUUCACACUGGAGAAAAGCCUUACGAAUGUAGUGACUGUGGGAGAUCCUUUAGUCAGAACUCAUAUCUCUCUAAACAUCGGAGAGUCCACACUGGAGAAAGGCCUUACGAGUGCAGUGAAUGUGGGAAAUCUUUUACUUCCGUCUCUGCCCUUGGUUAUCAUCAGAGAGUUCACACUGGAGAAAGGCCUUACGAGUGUAGUGAAUGUGGGAAAUCUUUUACCAAUAGCUCCAUACUGAUUCGACAUCGCAGGGUUCACACAGGAGAAAGGCCUCAUGAGUGCAGUGAAUGUGGAAAAUCCUUUACCCAAAGAAUUCACCUCAUUAUUCACCGGAGAGUUCAUACAGGAGAAAGGCCUUUUGAGUGCAGUGAAUGUGGGAAAUCUUUUACCUCUCGUUCUACCCUCCAUUAUCAUCAGAGAGUUCACACAGGAGAGAGGCCUUAUGACUGCAAUGAAUGUGGGAAAUCUUUUAGCCGAAAAUCAAACCUUUCUCAGCACCAGAGGGUUCACACCGGAGAAAGGCCUUAGAUGGGUAAGAAGCAUACAGUUUCCUUGUUCGGUGUAAUGAUACCAGAGGCAACUCUUUGUAAGGCACCAUUUGCCUGAAUUCAAUCUACUGCAUCUAAAUGCCAGUAGUAGAGGGGUUUCUCAUAAGUUUCAGCUAUGUGGCUGAAGCAUGUGUGGCUAUGUUGCAGUUUCUAAACUGCUGAGGGCUUUCUCCAGAUACAUUUCACUGCCAGUCUGUGGCCAAAGCUAUUUACUCCUCCCCUGGCAAGUCUCUACAUCAUGCAUCAGUCAUCACCCCACUCUGCUCAGGGAAGCUGACCUCUGUUCUCAUUGCUGGAGGAAAUUAGGAGUAACCUGAGUCUCUGGGGGACCCACAUUUCCUUCUUUCUGACUAAUUGGCAUAGACCUGGCCAAUGUUGUCCUAGAGAACAUCAAAUCAGUUCAGCUGGCAGCUUGCAGAGAAGGACGAGCAUUUGCAGGGACAUGGUCUCCAGAGACAUUUGUGAUUAAUUUUUCCAGCUUCCAAGCCACUCACUCAAGAACUGCUAGCCCCUGUUGCUUUGGUUUGUGCAGUAACAAAGUCCAUGUUUAAGUCCUUUUCAAUAUUGUGUGUUUUAUCUACCAUGUGUGGUGGUUUAUAAACAUUUUGCGAUCUACAAACAUGAAGGGGUGAACAGCUUUCAUGGGGGAGGGUCUCAAAUUUCUGUGCCUCAAGGGGACAGUAUGGUGGCAGAAAUGAGCUUACCAGUUUUUGCCAAAUUUGCACUGCCCGUGACCUCCUAGGAAAGACUGCAUAGAGGUCACCCUGAGGAGGGGCAGGUGUGAGAACCUCAGGUGCUUCUGCGAGCAGCAUGAUUUUUUUUUUUUUUCCACAGGGGAUAGCACAGGGGAUGUCAGCACUGUUGAGGGACACCUCUUUCCCAGGUCCUGCAAAGAGCCAUGUGUCCUGAUAUCGUGUGUUUUGUCAUUGAUUGUAAGGCCAUAAGGUUCAGGGGAGACGAGAACUGCUAUAGAAACACUGACUUAACAGGGAGUGGAGGAGACUGCAGCCAACUAGACAGAACGUGCCUCUUCUAAAAGUGUGCCCACAUAUACUCCUGCAGCAGAGGCUGUGCAGAGCUGGGGUGUGCGCAAGUCCAUGGACCUCCGGGUGGAUGGAUCUGGUGUAGCUUACAUCGUUGCCAUUGGAAAUAAUUGAAAGGUUUUGUGGAUUCCUGCAGCCUCUUAGUGAUGUUCAUCUCAAGACCACUGCUGCACAGGCAGGAAAACAGAUCGAGAAAAGGGGGAUCUGUAGUCUGGGGAUGCGGCUUUUGUGACCCAGCCAGCAGUCCUCUUGACUCUCAUGGAGAGUCCUUCGUUGAUAGCUAUAUUUGCUUUCACAGCAAAACUAGCCUCCGCGGGGUGAGACUGUGUGUUGAAUGUAGGGUUGCAAAACCUAUUUUCCAAAAAGAGUUGGACAAACAGAUUUUUUAUCUUAAAUUAUUUAAGAAAGGUUUAUUAAGGUAUAAUUACAUGUAAUAAACUGUACAUAUUGGAAAUGUAGUCUUUAGUAAGUUUUGACAUACUUACAAACCUCAGAAAACAUCGUGGUCUUAUAGUGAUCAUAUCGGUCAUUGUAUAUUUACCUCAUGUCCUUUAUCUGCCUUCACAGCACUCCAAGUAACCAUUGAUUUACUUUCCAUUAAAAAAAAAAAAAAAAAAAACCUCUAUUUUCUAGGAUUUAUAUAGUGGGAAUCAAAGUUUUGUUUUUUUUUUAAGUUUUUAAAAUUUUAUUUAUUUUGAAAGAGAGCAAAGGAGGGAGAGAAACUCACGCAGGCGCUGCCCUGGCAGCGCAGAGCAUGAUGUAGGGCUUGAACUCAUGAACCAUGAGGUCAUGACCUGAGCCAAAAUCAAGUUGUAUGCUUAACCAGCUGAGCCACCCAGGUGCCCCCCCCUUUUUUCCUACUUUUGUGUUGCAUAAAUAAUUGUAGAUGCAUCAAUGAUGUAUAAGUAGGUGAUCUUUUUUUUUUUUUUUUUUUUUUUUUUGGCUGAGAAAUAUUCUUUUGAGUUAUACCACUCUUAGUUUACCCAUUAAUUUGUUUACAGGCAUUUGGGUAUUUCUAAUUUUUGCAUAUGGAAAAUAAAGUUGGUAUAAACAUUCAUGUGUAAUUAUUUAUAUGGAUAUGUGUUUCACUUAUUUUUUGUCUGUAACUCAGAGUGGAAAGUCUGAGUCGUAGGGUAAAUGUUUAACUUAAAGAAUUUAGCAUAUUGUGAUGUAAAUGGUAUACCUUUUUGUACUCUUACCAGCAGUGUAUGAGAGUUCCAUUUCCUCCACAUCCUAGUGAAUUGUUUGGUUUGGUCAUUCUUAACUUUAAUCCUUUUUAUAAGUUUAUAGUGCAGUCUCAGUGUUUUAACUGCAUUUUCCUGAGGAGUCAUGAUGAGCAUUUUUUUCUGAUGUGUAUUUGCUAUCUAUAUUUUUGCUAAACUGUUCAUAUCUUCUGCCUAUUCUAUGAACUUUGGUUAUUUUCCUUUUACAAAAGGAUGUGAAACAACAGAUGUAUGUUGGAAUUUCAUUUUGUGACUUUUCCUUUGUGGGAUAAUUAUUUUUAAUACUGAAAGUAUAUGUUCUCAUUGUUUUCAGUUUUUUAAUGCUAUGCAUAAUGGACACACAUAAACACUUUUAAUCUACAUUAAUAUAUUCUCCUUCACUUUCUAAAGUCCAGACAUUUAAUAAUACAAUAAAGCCUUGCGUUGUAGUGUC